AUGCAGACUGCUUCAACAAAAAUUUGUGAAAGACUGUGCAAUAAGUCCAUCCAUGAAAUUUCCUUGCUACUAAAUAUUCCACAGUCAAAUGUUAGUGGUUUUACAACAAAGUGGAAGCAACUGGGAACAACAGCAACUCAGCCAUGGAGUGGUAGGCCACGUAAAAAGACAGAUGGGGGUCUGCGCAUGCUGAAGUGAACAGUGCACAGAAGUUGCCAACUGUCUGCAGAGUCAAUAGCUAAAGACCUCCAACCUUCAUGUGGCCUUUAGAUUAACACAACAGUGCAUAGAGAGCUUCAUGGAAUGGAUUUCCAUGGCCGAGCAGCUGCAUCCAAGCCUUAUAUCACCUAGUGCAAUGCAAAGCAUCGGAUACAGUGGUGUAAAGCACGCCACCACUGGACUCUAG